AUGGGUAAGGGAAAGCCUCGUGGUUUGAACGCCGCCCGCAAGUUGAAGGACCACCGUCGUGACCAGCGAUGGGCCGAUUUGUCCUUCAAGAAGCGCCUGCUCGGCACUGCCUACAAGUCCUCUCCGUUCGGUGGCUCUUCUCACGCCAAGGGAAUCGUCCUUGAGAAGGUCGGUGUUGAGGCCAAGCAGCCCAACUCUGCCAUCCGGAAGUGCGUCAAGGUGCAGUUGAUCAAGAACGGCAAGAAGGUUACUGCUUUCGUUCCUAACGACGGUUGUCUCAACUUUGUCGACGAGAACGACGAGGUUCUUCUCGCUGGUUUCGGUCGUAAGGGCAAGGCUAAGGGUGAUAUUCCUGGUGUUCGUUUCAAGGUCGUCAAGGUUUCCGGUGUCGGUCUGUCUGCUCUGUGGAAGGAGAAGAAGGAGAAACCCCGUUCAUAA